AGGGCCUGUAAUUUCUUCCAAUCAGGCCUUAGAUAUUGAUGCUUUCCUCCUUUUUCUCACUGCCCACUAAAGUAAAGAUUGUAUUUAGUCCACCAUUGACUACAAAUCUUGAUUUUUUAUCAGCCCAUUUUCACCAAAUGGAGAUCAGCUCAGAACAUUUGAUUAAUGAGUUUCAGAAGAUGAUAGAUGACAGCCAAUUUGAUGGGCCAUUGAAGAUCACAUUUGAGGCUAUGCAUCAGGGUUAUCCAAGAGAAAAUCUAUGUAGGUUUCUUAAAGCAAGGGAUGAUAAUAUUGCAAAAGCCCACACAAUGCUUCUUGACUGCUUAAACUGGAGGAUACAAAAUGAAAUUGACGAUAUAAUGGCGAAACCAAUUGUUCCUGAACAUGUUUAUAGAGCUGUGAGGGAUUCACAACUUGUAGGAAUGUCAGGUUACUCGAAAGAGGGCCUUCCGGUUCUUGCUGUGGGAGUAGGGCUCAGCACCUAUGACAAAGCAUCUAUUCACUACUACGUCCAGUCACACAUCCAAAUGAAUGAAUAUCGAGACCGCGUUAUAUUGCCUGCUGCUACAAAGAAGUACAACCGGCAUAUUAACACAUGCGUGAAAAUACUGGAUAUGACUGGUUUAAAGCUAUCAGCCCUGAACCAAAUCAAGAUUUUGACAGUUAUAUCCACCAUAGAUGACCUGAACUAUCCAGAGAAGACAGAUACAUAUUACGUUGUUAAUGCCCCUUAUAUAUUUUCAGCAUGCUGGAAGGUUGUGAGACCUCUUCUGCAAGAAAGAACAAGGAAGAGAAUUCAGGUGCUUCAAGGUUGUGGGAGAGAUGAAUUGUUGAAGAUAAUGGAUUACGCAUCUUUGCCACAUUUCUGUAGACGAGAAGGUUCUGGAUCAUCUCGACAUUUGUGGACUGAAAAAGAUGAUAAUUGUUUCUCAUUAGAUAAUUCCUUCCAUCAACAACUGUAUAAUUUUGUCAAGAAACAAGGAGAGCCAAAAGAACGUGUUGCCCCAGUAAAACAGGGAUCCUUCCAUGUUGAUUUCCCAGAGCCAGUGCUGGGAGAUGCUAAAAUUGCUGAAACUAUUAAAUCUGAGUUUCAAAAGCUCGGGGAUCAAAAUGGGCUAUUAAACGGAUUGGGUAACCUUGAGAUAAAUGGUCACUGAUAUUUCGAAACUGAAUUAUUUUAAAAGAUGGUGGAAUACUGGCAUAUAGCUCUGGGAUCCAGUCCAAAUGCUCAGCUUCUAGCCACGAGCCUCGUAGUAAUUUAGCUAUGUAAUACCAAAAUGUCUUCUAUUUGCUCAAUGUGAAUCUGAUGCAGAAUUAUAUAUCGUAUAAUGAAAAUUGUAAGUUAUCGCCAUAUCAGAGUUUCUGGUAUUCCAUGUUGUAUGAUUAUAUUUUUUCUUGUAAGAAAAUUGUUAUGUCAUUAUAGUUAUAUGUCAUUCA